AUGGCCGAGUCUUCGACAGAAAUCGUCGCAAUGGGUGUCGCAGACACAAUAAAUGCGAUCAAACCGCUACACGGACGAAUCGUUCCUAUUAGAACAGUCCAAGAGACGCGACCACCGGAGGAUUAUGGGAAUGCAUACGUCGCAGAAGUCAACGUCAAAGCUUCUUCAAAAGUGAUCAAAGAUCUCGAUGCGAAACUACCCCGCGAUCCCUCUCUCCCUUUAAACCACCUGCGUCGCUUUGCCAAACGAGAGAAUCUCCCCGCAUCACUUCGCGCAGAGCUUGAGGCCAAGGGAUCCUUAGGGACUGGAGCUCCAACAAUCUUCGUCCUCAUUGCCCCUCCUCUACCCGAUACCGAAGAAUUGCUGGAUCUACUUGCGCCUUAUGCCCCAGAUACCUAUGGAGCCAAUACAUCUUCUGAAGAGGACAAGCCAGUGUCCAAGAUUACACUCGUGACGACUACUAUCCCACUUCAGCCACCCUUCAAUGCGCAACAGGCCAAAAAAUGGACCGAAACAAUGUGGCCCGUGGUCUUUAACCCUGCUGCACCUCGAUUAACCGUUGCCCCACCCCCUCAAAUCCUCAACCGCGCACAGCAAUCUAUCCAGCCGCGCGCGGGGUACUAUCUCGCUUUAGCACGAAAAGUCGCAGCCGAGGCAAAGGCAUCAGGCCGUGGUCGCGGCGUCGGUGCUGUAGUCGUGGACCCAGAAAUCGAAGCUGAGAUUGAAGCUGAAGCAGCUGAGCAAGGUACCUCGAAUCUUGAUUCAUGGAUGGAUGCAGUUCUCUGUGUUGGUGGGGAUGUACGAUUCGCCCGCUCAGAAGCUGGUAAACCCUCACAAACAGAUCUUCAUCCCGGUGUCUCGCCAAACCCGGCUUGCUCAACCUUUGAUGCGGAUUUAGAAGGUGGACCGGAUCUUCAUGCGCUUAUGCGUGCUGCCGAACUGGUCGCACGUUGUCGUCGGGAAGAUAGUGAGCAUCAAGCUGAAAUGGCUGCUAAACCAAGCCCGUUGAGUGUUGUCCACGCCGAUCCACAACUUUCAUCAAAACUUAGUCCUCUUGAGUCCUUUUUCCUUCGUCAGGCUGGACUCCCGGAAACAUCUUCUGCAUCUAAUGCAGCAGCCUCAAUCACUCUCUCCCCAAAGAAAAGAAAACAUGAAGACCCGAACCCCGAAUCUACCGCAGUGCCCUUGGACUCUAUCAACACAGAUCCAUCCACGCCUCAACCACAAAAUGAAACCGGAACUCCGCUCCCGGCUCCACCUCCAUCAACUCUAGCAACAAAAACCGACUCAUCAAUCCCAGUACCGGAAAUCGAGCCCGCAAGUACAUCCGAAGUAAGCACUUCUAGGAUUCGGACAAGGUCCCAGGGUGGAUAUCUAUGCACAGAUCUAGAUAUCUACAUUUCACAUGAACCCUGUUUGUGCUGUUCGAUGGGAAUCCUUCUUUCCCGAUUCAGGGCUGUGAUAUUCCCCCGUUCAGGAAGAAUGAGAAGUGGUGGUCUUGCGUCCGAACCUGUAAUUUCUCCCGUUUUGGAUGAUCAGGAUCAGGCGCAGGAGCAAGUUGGGGAUGACGAGAGACUUUAUUAUGGGUUGCAUUGGAGGAAGGAGUUGAAUUGGAGAGCUUUAGGAUUUGAGUUUGUGGAAGAAGGUCAAGAUGGAGAGGUCAAUGAGGACGAGGGUGGAGUUGUUUUUAAUGCUUGA